UUUCACCGUGUGUUUCACCGUGUGUUUCACUAUAGCGAAGGGAAACAACAAAUAAACACGGCGUGAGCGUCACACACGUCAGAGUUUAACAGAGUGGAGUCUCUCGGCAGCUUGUACGUGUUGUUGUUGUUGUGUUGUUGUGUUUGUGUGUGUCAGUGUGUUCAGAGUGUGUCAGUCAGUGAGAACCGCGAUGAAAAGAGAGAAAAUAGUUGUCUGCUCAUUCACAGCAGCCGCGGACACAGGCUAACACCGCUGCUGCUGCUGCUCUGAGCGUUUUCUUUUCACGGCUGAAAAUUAAAAACAGGAGAAGUCGAACUCGGCUCCUGUUAGCUUAAAAGAACAUCUUCCCCCCCGCUAGCUCUUUUUUCGCUCGUGUUUUUCCGUGGAAGUGGAGUUGAGUCGUCUUUAAAGAUGUUGACAGGAUCCAAAACCACGUUCAAAGUGAGACAAAUGCUGCCAGACAUCAAGGAGAGGAUGCUGAGUCAGAGUGGGGUGAACGCAAGGAGUCGAGAUGUCUUCGGACUUCGCUGCCUUCCAGGCGAGUGUGUACUUCAGAGAGCUGUUAUGGUGAGGAAGAAGUUGACUGCCAGGGAAGGAAGAGGUUGGCUGUCUGGGACCCUCUUCUGUACGCAUUUCAGAGUGGCCUUCGUGCCACAGGACAGUCCCAAACCUGAUGACAAUGCAGACCCGGUGCUCUUAGGAGAUCAUGAUGUGGCUUUGGCUUCCAUAGACAAGGUUGUGGUCGUGGGACCUAAUAGAACGAAGCUUGUGACCCCAAACUCCUCGCUGAAGUUCACACCAGAGGAGCUGGUGCUUUACUGUCGGGACAUGCGAGUCAUCUGCUUCCUGUUUGACCGCCUCACUCCUGAUGCUCAGGUCAUAGAGAUAACUUACACCAUCGCCAAGACCUACCAGCCUCUCAAACCAGGCUCAGUUUUAUCUUUCCAGAAUGCUGCACUCGGGAGUGUAGAAAUGAAGCAGUUUCUAAGCAACCGUCGCCGAGACACCCACAUGAACUGGUUUGAGUCGACCUCUGACUGGGAGCAGGAGCUGGAGAGGUGUGGAGCCAGUGGCUGGAGGGUCAGCUCAGUCAAUGACCGCUUUGAGAUGUCCACAAGUCUGCCGAGGUUCAUCGUCGUUCCACAGAAAGUUUUAGACACAGAGCUGAAAAAAAGCUUUUCCCACUUCAAUGAAGGACGCAUCCCUCGGUGGUGUUGGCGUCAUCCCCGAGGCAGUGAUCUACUGAGAAUGGCCAGUUUCCAGAACAACAUUUAUCAUGAGAAGGAUGACAUCAGAAACCUGGAGAUGAUCCUGUUUGGUUGCCAGUCUUCUUUGUGUGUGGUGGUGGAGCUGGGCGAGGAGCUGCCGUCGCCUGCUGACAUCCAGCUCGCACACAGCCGCCUGCGGGCCCUCUGUCUAGGAGAUAUCUCCACAUCUGUUUCGGUUCCUGAUGACAAAUGGUUAUCUACACUGGAAAGCACCCACUGGCUAGACUACACGAGGUUGUGUUUGAGGAAAGCUUCAGAAGUCGCCUGCCUGCUUCGUGGUGGUCACCUGACUGUGGCACUGCAAGAGGCAGAGGACCGGGACGUGAGCUGCGUGGUGUCCAGCCUGGUGCAGGUGAUGUGUGACCCUCACUGUCGCACCCAGCGCGGUUUCCAGGGCCUGGUGCAGAAGGAGUGGGUGAUGGCCGGCCACCGCUUCUACAGCCGCAUCAACUACCACCGUGACAACGACAAAGAGGAGGCUCCAGUCUUCCUGCUCUUUUUGGACUGUGUGUGGCAGUUGUGGUCCCAGUAUCCCUCUCGCUUCCAGCUGACCGAGGACUUCCUGUUAGCCGUGCACGACAGCGUCCACCUGCCACUCUUCUCCAGCUUCCUGGCUAACUGCCAGCGAGAGAGAUGCAAACGCUCGCAGAACCAUGGGCAGUCGUACACGCCUGUCAACGGCUGGAGAGACGGGCCUCAUCCCGACUCUUCCUCAGAUCCAUGUGACCCUCCUCUUCCUCCGGUGUGGGACUGGGCCCUGCAGUACAGCAAACGCAGACAAGACCGCUUCACUCAACCCGUCCCCCCGAGCCCUCCGCUGCAACCACUGCUCAAUGGAAACCUCAACACCAACCCAGACGCUCACAAGCUGACUGACACCAUCCCCGGCUCAGUCUUCCUCUUCUCCCGAGGAACCUUCUCUUGUCCGGCUAACCUGCUUCCCUGGCGCAGCACCAGUUCAGGCAUUUACAAAAAGAGCCACAGGAGGGCGCCGUCCUCCGAGGGUGUACCCGGCCUGGAGAGGCUGCUGAAAGCUUGGGCGCUGACUGACAUUCCCCAGGGCCUGACUUCCAACUCUGGAUCUCAAGGACCUCUUGACCCCUUUGAGCCUUUACUGCCUGUACUCAUGGGGCCCUGCAUGGGCCUGUGGAAGGAAUGCUACCUACGGGGGGCGCUCCAUGCACAGGCUUUCUCACAUCCCAUCUCUGCCAACCACCCCCACCCAGUGGAGCGACUGGCCGCGGAGGUUCAGCAGCUCAAAGACAAACUAGCUCAGGCGUCCGCCGGCCCGGACGUGAAGCCGCCCAUCAAGACGGCGGAGCGCCCGCUGACCGACGCCAACCUGAACCAGAACACCAACAACGGCACCUUCCUCUUCCCGGGCUCCAGGCCUCACGGCACGUGUGUGUCCAGAGUUACGGCUCCGCCUACCUCCACCAACCACCAGCACGCCUCCUCCAGGGGCCGUCCCCCAACCACAGCCGCUCCCUCCCGGUCCAGCCACAGGGACAACAGCAGCAAACACACCUUCCUGUUUGGACACUCCUCAUCAACAGAGGCUCGUCCCGACCAACGCUACCACCCGGCUCCCAACAACGCCAAGCUGCCCAAGAGCAACGGAUCUGUAGCUUCCUGAUGUUUGCCCUCGGUCGCUCCUCAGACUGUUUUGUCCUCCUGUCGGCACAACGGGAUCCAAUAAGAGACGAGAGAGAGGGGAGAGAGAGGGGAGUCCUCGUCGAUAAGGCCUUUGCACAUCGACCACAACGUCAAUAAUGAUGAACACUGAGGUGAAUUUUGAUGCUCAUUCACUCUUUAUUUAAGUGUGAUGCGAUUUAAGUGAACAAAGGUUAAAAGGAACAGUUUCUGAGUCGACUCAGUAACAAUUAUUUUACAGAAUCCAUUCAUUAUUUCGUUGCUAAACUGUCAGAUAUUGAAAAAUAUUGAUUGGUGUUUCACAAACCUCCAAAUCAAGAAAUCAAUCCACAAACCAGAAAUGAUUCAGUUAUAAAUUAUUCCUUUUUUUUAUAUAUGUAUGGAGCAAAGAAACCAGAAAAUAUUCACAUUUAAGAAGCUGAAAAAUCUGAGUUUUAUCAGAAUUGUUUUAAUGACUAAAAUAACAACUCGAAACCAUUCGUCAAUUAUCAAAAUAGUUGACCAUUCAUUAAGUCAUGGAUCAUCGUCGCAGCCGUUACUUGCGAUGUUAGUUGAUGUCGUGCUUAUGUCAGUGUUUUUGAAGAUGAAAGGAAACUAAUUCUAACUCUGUAAAUAUAGUCCAGGGUUGAUAUGACGUCACACUCCUCGUGUUUUGUUAUUAAAGCUUGGAGCGACGGCAAGCACCGCAGGAAACCUCACAUAAAUAUGCUGAACACAAAUGAGAUUGUUUACCGUAUUUACAGUAACACUCCCCUGUCAUACGUACAGUGUAUAUAUAUAUAUAUAUAUAAUGUUAUAUAAGUAUGAUACCUUGAAUAUCUACCAGUAACCGUGUGAGACCUGUGCACUGUUCUUCAUCACAUUUGUGCUCAUGCAUGGAGCACGUGUGUGACGGUGACGGCACUGGUCCAUGUUCUGAUACUCAGAAUCAACUCGACCUGGAUCACAGGUUUGCUACAGUGUGUCUGUGCACAGUGUGUGUGUGUGUGUGUGUGUGUGCGUGAACACAGCAGCACACACACAAGGACUCACCACUCAGUCGCUCUGAAGACGCUGAAGAUUCGUGUUGUUCCUGUGACGAGAGCUCUGUGAGUGAUGAAAUGACUCGGAGCGAGCUUCUGUCCGACCGUACAAACCAGGACAUGUUUUCAUAUAUGGUGAGUAGUUAUAAUAGUUACUGGUUACUGGUGUUAGGCCUAGUUCACACCAGACAAGACACUGGUGCUGCGAUCGUGUCCACGGUUCACACUGCUGCGGCGUCUCUCCUCGUUUCCUCUCUUGAACACGUGUCAUUCCCGGCAGAGAUGGACAGAGACAAAGAUGGAUGGAUAGAGACUUUAUUGAAGAUCUGCUGAUAAUGAUAUUGACAUUCUACCAGCAGCAGUACAUAAACCUGACACUACAGUAGAGCUGUAACCGGCCCUUAAAGCUCGACAAGGACAUUUUAAAUGACGGCUUUUUUAAAAACCCGAACCCGUUUCCAGCCCGACAUUAUUCACAUGUUGGAACAAAGAAAUGAAAUAAAUCCUCAGUUAACGUCGUGACAUGUCAACACUCUUAACAGACCUUGAAGGAGGAGGAGUGGGUUCGACUCCGGAGAGCUCUGGGUCUCGAGACUCUCCACGCGUGGUGCACCUGCAGCCAUGGCUUGCAGAAGAGUGCGGGCAUGAGCGCGUACGUUUCUGUCAGACACAUGCCACACAUCCAGUGUGAACCCGGUUGAACUGCAUCAGCUGUUGUACUGGUGUACCUGUCAGUCGUGGGUGGAGGCGGGCCAGCUCCGUCCUGACUGUACUGCAACAUUUUACUCUGCUGCUCCACAAAUGGAACGUUAGGGACUGAUUAUCGUCAGACUUUCCCUCAUGAAAAGACAGUUACUGUACAUUCAUGCUGUCAACAACACACAUUCUGAUCUCUGUUGAUUUCUAGGAUACAUGUGUCAUCUAUCAGUCAAACAAACAAAC